AUGUCAAAAGUAAAAAGAUUAAGUGGAUUAUUAAGAAGAAGUUGGUACGGUGGAAUAAAUGUGGUUCAAAGUUAUAAUUGGCCACAGAAUCCAUCACCACCACCAAGCCCAACAACGCGUAGACGACCAAAACGGCCAGUUCUAGUAUCAGAUGUAUUAAAAGAGAUAUUCGCAUUCAUUGCUCUACCAAAUGACCAACAACCAUUCGGUAAUCUGGAUAAGAAAACAUACAAGACAUUGCAUUCUUGUCUAUUGGUGAAUCGACAAUGGUGUCAAGUAGCAGCACAGUUUCUUUGGCGACAACCAUUUUUCACACGACAUAUCCCAGCACAGAUCACAAUGAUGGAAUUAUUAUUGAAUGCGCUGAACCCGAAACUUCAACAAUACCUGAUAAACAAGGGAAUCACAAUACGACGGCUAAAAUCGGCACCCGCGUUCGACUACUCGUAUUUCAUCAAGCACAUCGAUUUCGAAUUGUUCAUCGAUAUGGUGAGAAAUUGGUCGGCUGCCACCUUUCGUGGUGCAUCUGCCAAAGACGCGAGUUUUCUGGUGGCAAAAGUGGUGCUUGGGCAUAUCUUCAGUUAUUCGCCAGGCAUUGAGCGACUAAGACUUUCCUGUUUUCAAGGACAUUCUGAAACAAGUCAUUAUUAUGAGAUUUUAUUGGAACCUGAGAUUCAUAUUAACUUGCUACAAUUGAAAUAUCUUGAAUUGAGUGGUCAAUUUUAUCGUGAAGAUAAUAUUUUGGCUGGAUUGUCAAUAAGUUGCAAGAAUGUGGAAUAUUUACAACUCGGAAAUUGGUGUCUUGACUCGUGGUGUCGUAGCCCGGAAUCACUAAGUGAAGACAUAACCGCCCUAUUCAAAGGCCUAAAAAAUGUCGAACACCUUGAAAUCGACAGUGACAACUCGUUCUUCCCAAUUCCCAUCUGCGUAAUUGACGCAUUCAAACACAUCUCGAGUUCUCUGAGACAUCUAAGAUUCCGAUGCAUAGAUUUCUCCUCGAAAACAUGUAUGCCACUCGAAGGACUAGCCACCUGUCGAAAACUCGAGACACUCGAAUUCGUCGACUGUGAGCAGGUCGGAAAACGGUUAUUACAACCGUUGAACGCCGAGUCGUUGCCCAAUUUGCAACGAGUGCGGAUCGAUGGGUGUUCGGAAAGGGAUAUUGUGUUUUGGGAUUGGGUUGAUUUGGUUAAUGGUCGGCGAAGAUCUAUUUGA